AGCAGCAGCAGCCGGCGCUCGGGCUACGCCAACAGCGGCGCCGACACGGAGACGGCCGACGCGCCGCACGGCCGCCACAAGCGCCGCCUCCGCACCAAGCACCGGUCGCGGUCCAGGUCGCCGUCGGAGGGCAAGCGCCUGCCCGUCCCCGACGAGCUCAAGCAGCACCUCGACUUCGACCUCAUCGACACGGAGGGCAUGUCGGAGGCGCAGCUGCGCGAGAUCCCCUACACAGUGGUGCAGACGAGCGCCAAGCCCCUCAAGGUGAAGAUGUCGCCGGGCAACCGGAGGCGCACUCACCGCUCGUCCAGGCGCAGCCUCAAAAGUCAGGAGGACGGCGGCAGCACGGACCGCCUCAGCGUCAACAGCCAGCCCGUGUCCCGCUCCGCCAUGUCCAUCCCGCCCCUGCCCUUCAGCCCCAGCGCGUCGUCCCUGUUGGGCGGCGGCGGCGGCGGUGGUGGGCAGCACCGAGGGCACCUCGCCGGCGUGGACCGGGCCUCGCCGCGAGGCUCACCCGUCAACAACAACGCCCAGGGCGGCAGCGUGUUCGUGCCUCCUCUCCCGCGGUGCGUUAACGAGAACAGCCCUGGCCAUGAAGUGCUCGACACGGUGUUUCGCCACCUCAACCUCCUGGAGACGGCGUACUUCGGGCUGCGGUACCUGGACAACGCUAACCAGCCUCUGAACGGGGGUGUCGUCAACGGCGCGCUCCAGCCCCAGGACCAAAACCAGUUACCAAAGUACCACAAGAGCUACCAGGGGGUCGCGGGCAGCCAGGGGCAGCAGCAGCAGCAGCAGACCUACGGCCCUGGGCGGGGGUCGCCGUCGGCCUCUGCCGCCAACCUCAACAGCUCGCACCCGAGGCUCAACGCCGGCCGCCCCGAGCCCUUCUCGACGUUCGCCUCGCCGCACGCCAGCAGCGAGCGGCUCGAGGCUGGCACCGACCGGGGCCCAGACCGGGGCUCCGACGGCGUGACCAGCUUCAUGUCCAACGGCGGCAACCUCAACCGGGCGCACGGCCGGCUGCAGCUGCCCCCUGGCGGCGCGGGGAGCCCGCACGGCAGCAGGCUGUGGGAUGAGGUAAAGCCUUCAGGUGGGCGGGCCGCGAGCGCUUCGGUGGGCGGCAGUGGCGGCGGCUCCUCUGGCCGGGGGUCGUCGGCGUCCUCGUCCCCCGCCGGCCUCCCCGUGUCGUCCAACCACCUGCACCACAACCAGCUGCACCACUUCGGGCACCGCGGCAGCGGCGGCAGCAGCGGCAGCAGGCGGGGCAGCGCCUCGCCCUCGCCCCUGCCGCCCAUAGUCACUCCGCACGGCGUCACCUUCCAGCAGGCCGUCAACAACAACAACGGCUUUGUCGUUGGCCAGCACCGCGCCGGCCAGCUGGCAGCCCAGUCGGCCAGCCAGUCGGCAGGCAGGCAGCCCAGCUCCAGCAGGGGUAGGACAGGGCCGCUGUACUUCCAGCAGCAGCAGCAGCAGCUAUUGCAAUCAGCAGCGCUUAGGAAAUCAGUGCAGAAUGAGAGCGGGGGCGUCCAAGGUGUGACAGUCCAGAACGCUGCCUACUACUCGAUGCAGGCGAGUGACCCCAUGCUGAACGGCAACGACCCCUCGUACCGACCCUCCACGACCCGCGGAGCUCUCCUCAACGGCGGCGGCGUGUCAGAGACCCGCACGGAGCUCUGACACGGGGGGUUGCAGCGUGACGCCAAUCACUCUGCAACGUCACUACGGCGGGCCGUGUCGGGACCUCGGCGCUCGGCCGUCCGAAAGUGCCCGUCCUUCGAGUUUCUGGACCACUAAGGGUGGCAGACACCCAUCAUGGCAUCCCGUGACAGAACUUGAGUGAUUCAAUAUUAAAUCAUUCGAAAGUGAUGUUGUUUCCAGUUUCAAAAUUGUCCCAAUGGUCAAGCGGCAUUAAGGGAGGUAUCGCGUUGAGUGCGGCAUGACCAGUAUGUGGUCACGCUCCCAUGUAAAACUGCAGGCGCAGUGCCCCGCACUCAAAGAGUAAGACUGUGUUUGAAACCGAACAUUCUAAAAAAAGCAAAGUCAGUCAAAAGGAUGGGUGAUGAUUGUUGUACAUAUUUGUUUAAGUAGUCAAUUCAAUUUCUUAAAAUAUUUCAAAAGUCAGUAUUUAUUUGUACUUUUCCUCUUUAGUUUUUAAUUUUUUUAUACUGUUUGUAAUGGAACUGUAUAUAUUAGAUAAUUGAGUUGCAUGGAAUUUGUAUUGUCCAACUGUAUAAUUGUUGAUUAUUUCUGAAAAGCUAUUUAUUUGUAAUUGUUUUUUCGUCAUGAACUGUGUAGUUUGAUACGGAACCCUCUAACAACACAUAAUUGGUAUGCCAUGUGUCAUAUUAUUUAUAUUACAGCCUCUGUUGACUUCACAAUUUCUGUAAAAUCCUCACAAACUUUUAAGUUAAACUUUUAAUACCAUAGAGAAAUUUGCUUUGAUCAAUUUGACGUAUAACUUAAAUAUGUAUUUAUGUUUUUCCUAUAAGGCCAAAGAGAAUAAUAAAUGUACAGAAUUUGCUUGAAAAUGAAA